ACCAUGCCAUUGCCCACGCUGCUUCUCCUCUUCCUGCCGCUGCUGUUGAGCCCCGCGGGAGCCCAGUUCCCUCGCCAGUGUGCCACGGCCGAGGCCCUGCGGAGCGGCGCGUGCUGCCCGGACUAUUUCCCRGUGUUUGGGCCAGGCUCGGACCGCUGUGGCGUGGCCACAGGGAGAGGGCAGUGCGUGCCGGUGACGGCCGACUCGCGUCCCCACGGCCCGCAGUACAUCCACGACGGGCGGGAUGACCGCGAGCAGUGGCCCCUGCGCUUCUUCAACCAGACGUGCCGGUGCAGCGGCAACUUCUCCGGCUACAACUGCGGCUCGUGCCGCCCCGGCUGGAGCGGACCUACCUGCAGCCAGCCCACCAACAUAGUCAGGAGGAAUCUUUUGGACCUCAGCACAGAGGAAAGGAGGCGCUUUGUGAAUGCCUUGCACCAAGCCAAGGUGACAGUUCACCCUGACAUUGUUAUAGCCACAAGGAGACGUGAGGAAAUACUCGGACCAGAUGGCAACACACCACAGUUUGAGAAUAUCACCAUAUAUAACUACUUUGUGUGGUCCCAUUAUUAUUCUGUGAGGAAGACUUUCCUUGGUUCAGGGCAGCAGAGUUUUGGAGUUGAUUUCUCUCAUGAGGGACCAGCUUUCGUCACUUGGCAUAGGUACCACCUGUUGCAGCUGGAGAGAGAUAUGCAGAAUAUGCUGCAGGACCCUACUUUUGGAUUGCCCUACUGGAACUUUGCAACAGGGCAAAAUACCUGUGAUAUCUGCUCUGAUGACUUGAUGGGAGCCAGAAGCAACUUUGAUGUCUCUCUUAUCAGUCAGAACUCCAUCUUCUCUCAGUGGCGAGUGUUGUGUGAAAACAUAGAAGACUAUGACACAUUGGGAACCAUCUGCAACAGCACUGAGGGUGGUCCCAUUCGAAGAAAUCCUGCUGGAAAUGUUGCCAGGCCUAUGGUACAGCGUCUCCCAGAGCCUGAGGAUGUGGCUUCAUGUUUAGAAGUUGGUGUUUUUGACACUCCUCCUUUCUAUUCCAAUUCAACAGACAGUUUCCGUAACACAGUGGAAGGGUACAGUGAUCCCUCAGGGAAAUACGACCCAGCAGUGCGCAGUCUUCACAACUUGGCUCAUCUUUUUCUGAAUGGAACAGGAGGRCAAACUCACUUAUCACCAAAUGACCCCAUAUUUGUCCUCCUGCACACAUUUACAGAUGCUGUUUUUGACGAGUGGCUGAGAAGACAUUCUGCUGAUAUCUCAACAUACCCAUUGGAGAAUGCCCCUAUCGGACAUAACCGGCAGUAUAACAUGGUACCUUUUUGGCCUCCAGUUACCAAUGAUGAAAUGUUCGUUACUGCACCAGAAAACCUGGGUUACAGCUAUGAAGUUGAGUGGCCAGGUCGGGCUCUCCGUGUCACAGAGAUGAUAACUAUUGCAAUAGUCACUGCACUGGUUCUCGUUGCAGUAAUUUUUGCUGCUGCUGCAUGUAUUGUACGUGCCAAGAGAAAUAAAGAUGAGCUGCAUCAGCCUCUCCUCACUGACCAAUAUCAACACUAUUCAGAUGACUAUGAUGGCAUACCAACGCCAAGCCAGUCUGUUGUUUGAAGUAAUGGC